UAACCUCAAGAUACAAGCACUCCAGGUCAAAUAUAUUAUAUAUUUACAUAUAUAACUAAAUCCUCUUCACUUCCAUCUUAUCUCUACUGAUCAUCUGUAACUAUGGAGCUUGUCCUCAUGGCCAUAUACAUGCUAAUAUUCUUCCACAUUAUUUUCUACCUCUGCAAAUCACUAAUUCAAAAACGAAACCGAUCUUGCUACUUACUUCACUAUGAAUGCUUCAAAGCUGCCGAUGACCGAAAGCUCGGCAUUGAAGAAAACGCGAAAAUCAUCCUCCGUAACAAGAACCUGGGUCUUGAGGAAUACAAAUUUGUCCUCAAAACCUUCGGUAGAUCCGGUAUGGGACAAGAAACUUACGGCCCGAGAAGUGUUAUAGAUGGCCGAGAAGAAAACCCUACCUUGAUUGAUGCACUUUCCGACGUCGACGAAUCCAUUUUCACUGUCCUCGAUAAUCUCUUUGCCAAAACCGGGGUUUCUCCGUCAGAAAUCGACAUCCUCGUCGUUAAUUUAUCGUUAUUUUCUCCAGCUCCGUCCAUUACUUCCCGAGUCGUUAACCGUUAUAAGAUGAGGGAUGAUGUUAAAACUUUUAACCUAUCCGGUAUGGGAUGUAGCGCGAGUGUUAUAGCAAUCGAUCUUGUUCAGCAUUUGUUUAACUGUUACAAAAACAAGCUUGCUCUCGUUGUGAGUGCAGAAGCUAUGGUGCCCCACUGGUAUUGUGGGAAUAAAAAAUCGAUGAUGCUCCCGAAUUGUCUUUUCAGAUCAGGUGGGUGCUCCAUGCUUCUGACAAACAACAAUGCCCUGAAACACCGAGCGAUCUUGAAGUUGAAAUUGGCGGUGAGAACCCAUAUGGGUUCUGACGAUGAAGGUUACAGUUGUUGCAUUCAAGAUGCUGAUGAUAAAGGUUAUGAAGGGUUUGUGCUUUCCAAAAGUCUCCCAAGAGUUGGCGCGAAAGCUAUGGCAACGAAUCUCAGAGUGCUUUUACCUAAGGUUCUGCCAUUAACAGAGCUGCUUCGUUACGUUGUAUCAUCUCUUUUAGCAAACAAGAUUUCAGUCCGACGCAGUAGCGGUACGAGUGUUACUCCUGCGAAUGAAUAUCCAGGUGGAGGAGCUCGGUUGAAUCUGAAAACAGGGAUUCACCACUUCUGCAUUCACCCAGGAGGCAAGGCUGUCAUUGAGGGGAUUAGCAAGAGCUUAGGGCUGAGCGAAUACGACGUGGAAGCUUCAAAAAUGGCUCUUCAUCGAUUCGGAAACACAUCAGUUGCAGGGAUCUGGUACGUCUUCGCGUACUUGGAAGCUAAGGAGAGGUUGAAGAAAGGUGACAGAAUCUUAAUGAUUGGGUUAGGAGCGGGGUUUAAGUGCAGCAAUUGUGUGUGGGAGGUGAUGAGGGAGUUGAAGGGUCGUGAGAAUGUGUGGAAAGAUUUCAUAGACAAGUACCCAGAAGCAUCCAUGGUGGAAGAUCCUGUGUUUCAGGAAUAUUAUCAGAAGGUUGUGGUGGAAGAAGAUGCAAACUUCAUUAGAGACGUGAUGCUUAGAUCCAAGUAAGCAAAGGGGUUUUGUUAAUUUUCGUACUGUGUGUUUUAACGAUUUAAUUUGAUCUUGUUUACGAGAAUUUCUAGAAAGAAAAAUUCAAGUAUAGAGAUCCAGCUAGAUCGAUCUCAAAAAA